CAGCGAGCGACUGAGAGCACAAGGGCAGCAUGUCAAUGGUAGCAGAUGUCGGGUGAGUGCAGCGUCCCAUAGACCAUCCUGACCAUCCACAGCUUCAUGCUCCAGGCCAUCCGGCUGGCAUCACUACGGGCCACUGACGACCCUCUGUCCCCUCGCAUCAUCUCCCUUGACCCAUCUUUCGGAGCCAAUCCCUACAUCAAUGCCUCGGGACUAUCAGAUCUGGACCGCUGGCCUGAAAUCGGCCGAGCACUCGACUCUCCGCCCCUCGAUGGAGGUUUCCUAUCAGGCCAGACUCCAGGCUCGCGACCAGACGACGAGGACGAGGGCAAGCGGGGCGGAGGUCUCAAGUAUACGCAGACCAUCAUGGGUCCCGGAAAGCUGGGAGGCGCUGGUAUGCGAGUCUCGGGAAGACACGCCAACCCGGGAGAGUCGAGAAGAGGGCAAGCGAUAAGAGCCAACUCUUCAGCUUCAAUCCCGAGCGCUCGUAGCCCGAAUCCGCCCAAAGGUCAAGAGCCGUCAUUAGCGUCCGACACGGUGCCCGAGAACGACCUUUUCACACCCUCCGUACGGCCAAGAGCAGACUCUGCCCCUAUGCCUGGACCUCUACCCAGCUCGCCUCGGCAUCUGGCAUCUAGCGUACUGAGCACCGGCAAAGGAGCGACUGCUGGUCUGCUACAACGAGUCCUGUCUUCAAGUCAGAUGUCGGCAGGGUCGAAUUUUGGUAUGGACGGUACCGCCCUGGUUGCGACGCCAGAAGAGAAAGGGUCGUCCAUAGGCAUCGAGGCGACCACUGGCACACAGACAGGCGUGGACGCUCGGAUGGUCGCCGGUCUGGAGGAUCAGGGGAGUGAUGUCGACGAGGAAGAGGCUGCCGAAGCAGACGUCAGAGGUUCAGGCCGAGAGGCAACAGCUAUCCCAGGAUCUAGAAGAGCAUCUGUGGAUACUACCAGCAUUGAAGAGAAUCUUGACUUUACACCAAUACCGAUUGUCUCGCCAUCAUUGUCAGUACCCAGACCUUCGGCUCUGACAAGUACUCUCAACAAGUAUGUGCCCCAUCUUGUAUCAACUGGUCCCAAAGACGCUUCCGGCCCAAUAUCUCCGAUCGCUGCCGCCCCCAUCAAUCCUUUCUACUCGCUAUACUCUUCUAUCGCUGCGCCACCCGGUGCGCCGUUCGAAUCGCUCGAGCUGUACUUUCCACAUUCCAAGAAUCCUACUCAACCUUUGGUGGGGAAAGUGAGAAAAGAUGCCACAGUAGAAGAGGUCACUGGAUAUGGAUUGUGGAGGUAUUGGGAGGAGGGCAGAGAGCCGAAAUUGGAAGAAGAGGAAGGAGAUGUCAAAUGGAGCUCGGUUGGAUGGGGCUUGCGGAUUGUGGAAGAUGAUGGCGAGGUGGAUGAAGAUUUCCCUCCUUUGGACAGGGAGAGUAAAAUAUCCAAGUUCUCAUACGGCCAAUUUGCCAUAGUCGAAGCAACUGAAGAACAAAUCCGCCAAAAUGCCUCCAAGGCACCCACUAUCCCUCGUCGCCCCUCCCGCGUCAUCCCUGUCCCCGCCUCAGCCGCCCGCCCCGUCCCGCCCCCCACCACCAGGCAACCAAGCACCACCCUUGCCCCUCCCCGACCGAACCAACCUCCCAGCGCCUCCUCAUCCUUCUCUUCCAGCGAAUUCUUAUUGACGAUCCCGACGGCUGGGAAUGCGGGUGGUAAGCUGGGCAGCUCGAUGGCGAUGAAGGGCAGUGUAGGAUUGAGCUCGACGGGGAGUGAUGUGGUGAGACUCAAGGUGAAGGUGACGGCGAGCGCAGAUGUGCACUUUACGACGACAAUCAACGUACCGGCAGACAUGUACAUUGCAGACCUGACCGAGGUGCUCUGCAAAAAGAAACGUCUUCAAAUGCCACCACAGGACUGGGUACUUUGUCUAGCCGACUUGACCCUGGCUUUGCCUUUGGAUAGGACCGUGGCAAGUCUGGAAGGCAGGACGGAGCUAGCAUUGGUCAAGAGGACGUGGGCGGUGGAUCGUGGUGUAAGGAUCGAUGACAGGCGGGGAGGAGAUCCAAGCGCGUCCAUAUUCAAAAGGCAAUCGGAGCCCGCACCUUUCCAAAGGUUUGGACCUGGUCUUUCAGACUUUUCUCAGACAUACAAGAAAUUCACGGUGCAACGAAAGAUUGCGAUCGGUCGCCACGAGCGCAACCUUGCCAUCGACGGCGAUUACAUUCACAUAAUGCCCUCCGAGUCUCGCGCCUUUUUCGAUUCCAUGAAGACUACCUCCUUCCACAUCUCCCUCGUCGCGGCUUGUAAACUUACCGGUCGCGCUGGGGGUUUCAAGAUUAAUGUGUGGCGGGAUGGAACGCAGAAGAGGUAUGAGUUUGAAGCGGAGAAUCAGAGGCAGGCCGUGGAGAUAGUCUCGACCAUCAGACAGCUUAUGAAGGCAUGGAUGGCGGAGAACAAGAAUAUUGUUCCGGCUCCGGGGGUAGCAUUGAGAAAAUGAUAAGGGAAGAUUGACCGACCAUCUUGUAGCUUUAGCUGUUGUAUAUGAGAAACGAAGAUGAUAUGAACGCCGGAGCUCUUGAAAAAGUGAUACGGUACUAAUACAAACGGGGCAACAACCAUCGCAUGACAUAAUGAAUGCAACGUGCACGCGAAC